CCCCCUCCCCCGUGUCUCCCCUGCCUUCGGGGAGGGGGUUUGGGCCGUCGCCGCCGCUUCCAGCUCUUCCCGAUGAAGCAGCAGCAGCCGCUGCCGCCGCCACCGAAGAUGGGGGAUUUCUAUGACCCUGAACACCCCACCCCUGAAGAAGAAGAAAAUGAGGGAAAGAUUGAAAAUGUGCAGAAAAUGGGUUUCAUCAAAGGUCCAAUGUUCAAAGGUGUUGCAUCUAGUCGAUUUCUGCCUAAAGGCACCAAGACAAAGGUGAACCUGGAGGAGCAAGGGCGACAGAAGGUUUCAUUCAGCUUCAGCCUUACAAAGAAAACUUUGCAAAACAGGUUUCUAACUGCACUUGGAAAUGAUAAGCAGAAUGACACUCCAAACUCCCCGGCUGUUCCCCUUCAAGCAGAUUUUGUUCCCAAAAUUAAAAUGGAUCCUGGAGAUACUUCAACUAUUAUAGAAGAAUCUUCCCCACCAAAACCAAAGGUGGAAUUGGGCAAAAUCCAUUUUAAGAAACAUUUGCUUCAUGUUACAUCUAAGCCUCUACUAACUGCUGUCACACCAGUAGCAGCAUCACCACCUCUUUCCAUAAUACCAUCACCAGUAGUAACAGGAUCAGUAGUGGCAGAGUCACCACCACAGUCGCCCCCUCCACCACCCCCAGCCCUACAAGUUAGAACACCAUCUCCACCAGCACCAAUGUCAGUAACAACAGCCUUGCCACAAAUACCACCAUCAGUACCAGUGGGGACAUCAUUACAAUCCCCACCAAUAGAUGUAGCAAUUAGAGCCUCAAAAGAGUCUUUAAAUAUAGUAGUACCAGAAUCUUUAGAAUUGGACACUAAGCAAGAUACAUGUUCUUCUGAACUAUCAGAUACAGUAUCUCAGAACGUGUCUGAGAAAACGGAUGUAUCUCCACAAAAAGAAGAUUCCCAUAUUGGGAAGGAAGAAGAAACUCCAGAUAGUUCAAAGAGUUCUCUGUGUUCUAAAAAAACAAGUUCUAAGAAGAAAUUCUCACAAUCUGAAGGCAUGUUUCUUGGUUCAGAAUCAGAUGAGGAUUCUGUACAGACUUCCUCAAGUCAACGGUCACAUGAUUUUAAGAAUUCAGCAAAUAUGGAAAAAGAAAGAGAUUCGAAAAAGAGCUUAACUACUUUAAAAGGCGAAGAUUUAGGAAAAUCUUCAAGAUCUAAAACUGAGAGAGAUGACAAGCAUUUUAGUUACUCAAAACUAGAUCGAGAUUCUCGAUAUAUGUCUUCCCGUUCUAGAUCUGAGAGAGAGAGAAGGCGGAGCAGGUCUCGCUCUAGAUCUGACAGAGGAUCUAGAACUAGCUCAUCUUAUUCCCGGUCAGAGCGCUCACAUUAUUAUGAGUCUGAACGAAGGUACCAUAGGAACUCCCCUUAUAGAGAGAGGCCACGGUAUUCCCGUUCUUAUACGGAUAAUAGGAUGAGAGAGAGCUCUGAUUCAGAAGAGGAAUAUAAGAAGAUAUAUUCCAGGUCUAGUGACUCAAGACGGAUAUCUUCUCAUUCUUCAUUUUACAGAGACUCAAGGACAUCAACUUACUCUAAAUCUGAUCGGGACAGCAAAAUUGAAUCCUUCCACAUGGAUGCAGAGAAAAGAGGAAAGUAUUCCUCAAAACCAGAAAGAGAAUCAAAAAGGACUUCAGAAAAUGAAUUAAUGAAAAGAUGUUGCUCUCCCCCUAAUGAGAUGGGAUGUCGGAGGGGUGCAUCUUAUUCUAAACAUGACAGUACUGCUUCCCGGAAUAAGUCAGUCCCAUGGAAAAGUACACAAAAGCCUGAUAAAAUUAAAAGUUCUUUCUGUUGUACAGAAUCAACUGAGGAAAUUAAACAUCAAUCUCAUUCUUCAAAUUUACAGACUACUUGUUCAAAAUCUAAUGAAUUAAGAAUGGUUGUGAAAAUUCCUGAAAGAGAUAAAACUAUAUCUCCAUCUUCAACUAAUCGAUUAAAUGAUUCACCUACUUUUAAAAAGCUAGGUGAAUCUCCUAUUUUGAAGUCUGAAUUUCUGGGAAAUGAUAGCCAUGAUAGUAUUAAGGAAUUAGACACUUUAUCUAAGGGGAAACAUGAUCAAUUAAGAACUUACUAUCCCAUGGAAUUAGAUAUAAAUGGGUCUCCUGGGGAGGGAUCUGAUUUAGCAACUUUCUGUGCCUCUAAAACUGAGGAUAUUUUUACGUCUUCGGAUGAUAGUAUAAAUAGAUCAGAGGUAUCUCCUUUGAUAAAAACUAGUAAAUCAUGCAUAUUACCAUCAAAUGGAUUUCAAAGUAUAAACAGGUCUAAAGAAAAGAAUUUGGAUGAUUCUUCAAUACAGCACAGUGAGUUAAACAGCUCACUUAAAGAAAUGGACCCUUCAGUUCCUUCACAACAAGAUAAACUUGGGUCUUUUCCGGUUGUAACUGUAGAUUAUUCUAAAACAGUUAAAGAAUCAGUUGAUUUGAGAGUUUCUUACUGUAAAACCAAAGAUUUGAACUCUUGUAAUAAUUUAGAUGACAAUAGCCCUUGUUUGUAUCAGCUUGAAACUGAAAAUAUUGAGCCUGCAGUUAUAAAGGUUAUCCCAAACAGUUUUAUUAAACAAGAUUCAGAGUUACAGUCAGUAAUAUGUGAUAAUAAAAGCUAUAAGAAUCUUCAUUCAAUACAGCCUACAGCUGAAGAACCUGAGCAAAACGUUAGGGUAAAGUCAUCAUCUGUUAACCCUUGUGACUCAAAUUCAGCUGUAGGAAGUUCAAGUGUUGCUUCUGUGUGUAGCCUUACGUUAGGAAUCAAAAUACACAAUUCACCUGUAGUACAACACACUGAAGGGAACUUGCCUCUUGGUUUGGAUACUGUCCUACAAAACCAAAGCACAGAAUUUCUGAAACACACAGGAAUAGAAAUUACAGAAUUGGAUGAACAGCAAAUAAAUCCUGAAACAGGAAAAAGAAUUGUACCCUGGAAGAAUAGACAUAAAAGUAGACUGCCUAUGGAAUCUUUACAAACAGAGGAGGUACAAGAGGAAGCAAAUGUCACACUUCCCAGUGGAAGAGAGAGAGCUGCAUCCACAGAAGAGCCAUUUAGCAAACAGGAAGGAAGUAGAAACAUGUUUAUUUCUAGUGUUUCAGAGUCUUUGUUUUCAUCUUGUGAUGUGAGUGGAACUGUAGAAGAAGAAGAAGAUAGUGUUGCUCAUGCCCCUAAAUGUGACAGUAGUGGCAAUGCAUCAGAGUUUGUUUCUCCCAUCCAUGGAGAUUAUUCUGAUUCUUCAGAGAGCACAAGUGAUGAAAGUGAUACAGAGGAUACAGAUUCUGAUGACAGCAGUAUUCCAAGGAACCGUCUCCAGUCAGUUGUUGUUGUGCCAAAGAAUUCUACUUUGCCUCUGGAAGAAACUAGUCCUUGCUCAUCUCAAAGCAGCCAAGUUAAUAGACACUAUUCUGACAAUUGGGAAGAUGACAGACCAGAAUCAAGCAAACCUUAUGAUGAAAGGUUUGAGGGAAUGAUGAGCAAAAAUUGUUCUCACACUGAGAAAUUCUCUCUUCCUAAAGGAGCAGAUAAAAGCCCAGAAGUUCCUUAUGUGGAGCCAAGCAGAAAACAGAUGGGGGACCUUGAGCUAGAAGCAGCUCAGCCUCAGAGUGAUGGGGUUGAUAGUACAAGUCAGGCAGAUGUUGUAUCUGAUACAAUUGGUCUGAAAAAUCUAGAAGAAAGAACUGCAUCUAAAGAGUCAUUGAUCAUAACUAAACCCAUCCUGAGGCAGCAAGAAGAGCUACCAGCUUAUUCUUCUGAUGGUUUUGAAGGUAUCCUAACGAAAUCUCGGCAACAGAAUAAUUUCCCUAAUGGGCCAGACAGUAGACUGGGAAAAGCAGAUUCAGACAAUUUUUCUUCCUCAGGGGACUUCUCUAAAGUGGAUGGUUUCCAUUCAGCAGAAGAUCUUGGAAAUCUGGGUUGGGACUUCUCCCAACCAGAAAAACCCAGUACCACUUAUCAGCAGCCGGAUAGCAGCUAUGGAAUAUAUACUGGAUACAGUUUUCAGCAAAAUGCAGAACAGUAUCGUAGCACACAUAAUUACUGGCAAGGCAAUGGCUUUUGGGACCCAAGAUUGGCCAAUAAGCCUCCUGGUAUUAUGUAUGAUAGAGUACAGGGACAUGUACCAGAUUCCUUAACAAAUGACCAUGAAGAGGAAGAUGAGGAAAAUUGGGAUGAUCCUCGUAGACCUCAUUUUUCCAACCAGUCUAGUAAAUUUCUUGCACAUCUUAAUAGAGAGAAAGGAUCUGUGCAAGCACAUGAAAUAAGUAGCAAUUCAAUUAAAGACCUUUCAAUUGUAAAUGAAAAGAAAGUCCCUCCAAAGAACCUGGAAAAAGGUGAUGUGAAAGAUCGAGGGCCUCCAAAGAAAAGACGGCAGGAAUUAGAAAGUGAUUCAGAAAGUGAUUCUGAUAUGCAGGACAGGAAAAAAGUGAGAGUGGAGGUAGAGCAGUUGGAAACAUUGCCCUCAGGUUCAGCGUUGGUUGGUCCACUGUGUGUUAUGGAUGACUUCAGGGACCCACAGCGUUGGAAGGAAUGUGCCAGGCAGGGGAAAAUGCCUUGUUAUUUUGACCUUAUUGAAGAAAAUGUAUACUUAACAGAAAGAAAGAAGAAUAAAUCCCAUCGGGAUAUCAAGCGAAUGCAAUGUGAGUGUACACCUGUUUCUAAAGAUGAUAGAGCUCAAGGAGAAAUAGCAUGUGGGGAAGAUUGUCUCAAUCGUCUCCUCAUGAUAGAAUGUUCUUCCCGGUGUCCAAAUGGAGACUAUUGUUCAAAUAGACGAUUCCAGAGAAAACAGCAUGCAGAUGUGGAAGUGAUACUAACUGAAAAGAAAGGCUGGGGUCUGAGAGCUGCCAAAGAUCUCCCGUCGAAUACUUUUGUCUUGGAAUACUGUGGAGAGGUAUUAGACCAUAAAGAAUUUAAAGCCAGGGUAAAGGAAUAUGCCCGUAACAAGAAUAUUCACUAUUAUUUCAUGGCACUGAAGAAUGAUGAGAUAAUAGAUGCCACUCAGAAAGGAAACUGCUCUCGUUUCAUGAACCACAGCUGUGAGCCAAACUGUGAGACACAGAAGUGGACUGUGAAUGGACAGCUGAGGGUUGGCUUUUUCACUACUAAAUUGGUUCCUUCAGGUUCAGAGUUAACAUUUGAUUAUCAGUUUCAACGAUAUGGGAAAGAAGCUCAGAAAUGUUUCUGUGGCUCAGCAAAUUGCCGAGGUUACCUUGGAGGAGAAAAUAGAGUCAGUAUUCGUGCAGCUGGAGGAAAAAUGAAGAAGGAGAGAUCUCGUAAGAAGGACUCUGUGGAUGGAGAACUUGAAGCACUUCUAGAAAACGGUGAAGGCCUUUCUGAUAAAAACCAGGUGCUCAGUUUAUCAAGGCUGAUGGUUAGAAUUGAGACUUUGGAACAGAAACUUACCUGUCUCAAACUCAUACAGAACACUCAAUCUCAGUCCUGCUUAAAGUCCUUCCUAGAAUGCCAUGGGCUAUCUCUUCUGUGGAUUUGGAUGGCGGAACUAGGUGAUGGUCGAGGAAACAAUCAGAAACUACAGGAAGAGAUUAUAAAGACCUUGGAACAUUUGCCUAUUCCUACAAAAAACAUGUUGGAGGAGAGCAAAGUACUUCCAAUCAUCCAGCGCUGGUCUCAAACCAAGACUGCUGUUCCUCACUUCAGUGAAGGUGAUGGUUAUUCCAGUGAGAAUACAUCACGUGCACACACACCACUCAACACACCUGAUCCUUCCACCAAGCCGAACACAGAAGCUGACACAGAUACUCCAAAGAAACUUGUGUUUCGUAGACUUAAAAUUAUAAGUGAAAAUAGUAUGGACAGUGCAAUCUCUGAUGCUACCAGUGAGCUAGAAGGCAAGGAUGGCAAAGAUGACCUUGACCAGUUAGAAAAUGCUCCUGUGGAAGAAGAUGAAGAAUCACAGCCACAACAACUACAACCACAGCAGCUUACCCCACAGCACUUGCCACCAACCAAAGGUGACAUUGAAACCUCAGUGGACAGCAGUAAACAGCCUGCCUCAGAGCCAGAGGCAGAGCAUGAAGCUGAGGCCAAAGAGAGUAAUGGCCCAAAGCUAGAAGAACCUAUUGCUAUGGAAACACCUUCCCAAGAUGAAGAGGAGGGUGUAUCUGAUGUGGAAAGUGAGAGGAGUCAAGAGCAGCCAGAUAAAAUGGUGGAUAUAAGUGAUCUGGCCACUAAGCUCCUAGAUAGUUGGAAAGAUCUAAAGGAAGUGUAUCGAAUUCCAAAAAAGAGUCAGACUGAAAAAGAGAACAAUGGUGAUCGGGGAAGAGAUAAUGUAGGUCUUAGAGACCAAGCAGCUACCCCAAAGACUCCUAACCGAUCCAGAGAAAGAGAACCAGAAAGACAAACGCAGAGCAAAGAAAAAAAGAAACGAAGGAGUUCCCUUUCACCACCACCUUCUGCUUAUGAACGAGGAACAAAGAGACCUGAUGAUAGAUAUGAUACACCCACUUCUAAGAAAAAAGUACGGCUCAAGGACCGCAAUAAGCUUUCCACAGAAGAACGCAGGAAGCUCUUUGAGCAGGAGGUGGCCCAACGAGAAGCCCAGAAGCAACAGCAGCAGAUGCAGAACCUAGGGAUGACUUCCCCCCUUCCUUAUGAGUCCUUAGGCUAUAGUGCUCCUCACCAUAGCUUUGUUGGCUACCCUCCUGGUUAUCCCAUGCAGGCUUAUGUGGAUCCUAGCAAUCCUAAUGCUGGGAAGGUGCUAUUACCCACGCCUAACAUGGACCCUAUGUGUUCUCCUGCCACCUAUGAACAUGCCCAGACUUUGGGACAUUCGGUAGAACCAACCCUUGCAACUCCUCAACCAGUUCCAGUAGUACAACAUGUAGCAGCACCAAUGGAGGUUUCAACUUCACAGUACGUAGCACAGAAUGAAGCCGUUGUCCAUCAGGAACCUAAUGUAGCUGUUUUGCCAGUACCUGCCCCAGGUCCUGUACAGGGACAAAGUUAUGGUGUUUGGGAUUCUAAUCAACAGACUGUCCCUGUGCAGCAGCCAUACUCCCCUGCACAGUCUCAAACAGCCAUAUAUUACCAGGGACAGACAUGUCAGACUGUCUACGGUGUGACACCACCUUAUUCUCAAACGACUCCACCAAUUGUACAGAGCUACCCACAACCAGGGCUUCAGUACAUCCAAGGGCAACAGAUAUUUACAGCUCACCCACAGGGUGUAGUAGUACAGCCAACAGCAUCAGUGACUACGAUAGUAGCAGCAGGGCAGCCUCAGCCCUUACAGCAGCCAGAGUUAGUUGUGACAAAUAAUCUUCUGGAUUUGCCACCACCUUCACCUCCUAAACCAAAAACCAUCGUCUUGCCUCCCAACUGGAAAACAGCCCGAGAUCCAGAGGGAAAGAUCUACUAUUACCAUGUCAUCACAAGGCAAACUCAGUGGGAUCCUCCUACCUGGGAAAGCCCAGGAGAUGAGGCUAACCUUGAACAUGAGGCUGAAAUGGACCUGGGAACACCAACUUAUGAUGAAAACCCCAUGAAGUCUUCCAAAAAACCCAAAACCGCAGAAGCAGAUACCUCAAGUGAAUUGGCCAAGAAGAGCAAAGAAGUGUUCAGGAAAGAGAUGUCUCAGUUCAUCGUGCAGUGCCUGAAUCCUUAUCGGAAACCUGACUGCAAAGUGGGGAGGAUAACCACAACUGAAGACUUCAAGCAUCUAGCCCGCAAGCUGACUCACGGUGUCAUGAACAAGGAGCUGAAAUACUGUAAGAACCCUGAAGAUUUGGAGUGCAAUGAGAAUGUGAAACACAAAACCAAGGAGUACAUCAAAAAGUACAUGCAGAAGUUUGGGACUGUUUACAAACCCAAAGAAGACACAGACUUGGAAUAAACUUAAUGGGUCAGCAAAGGCGGUUUAGAGUGGGAAGACAAAAAAAAGUUAACUCAGUAAGAGAAGUCCAUGGGCCGCUCCAACCCAUUUCCCACAACCUUGUCAGGGCUGUUGCCAGUGAUGACUCUUGGCACUUGAACCAUAUGAGUCAUGCAAAGUAAAGAAACCAUAUUCCAUUUAAGACAAAACAAGGCCACAGUCAAUAUGCUGUUGGGGUAGGUGGGCCAAGACUGUCAGGGACCUGGGAGAGAGGCUAUUCCCCUCAGUCUCCUAGGCCUGACCCCCAUUCUCUAACUUGGGUCUCCUACUUGGCGGUGCUGUUAGCGCACUGACCCAUGCGCACCCCUUCUUCCCCACCCCAUGUGCUGGGGAAUCUGUAUUAUAUUUUAACGUAUAUGUGAAUAUAUUGAUAAAUAUUUUUUUCUGGGUUUUUGUUUUUGUUUUGGGUUUUUUUUUGUUUUUUGUUUUUGCUUUUAGCCUAUGCGUGCUAAGAUCACGGGAACACUUUGUAAGGAUAGUUUGGGUUCUCCUGCAAGGUUUAAUCUGUUAUCAUGUAAAUAUUCCAGAGUAGGCUACCUCUGAGUUUCUGGUCAGCCUUGUGCUAUGUUGAUAAGAUUGAUUUUACUGCUUAAAAUCAUUUUACUUUAUCCAAUUUUUACUGAACUUUUUAUGUAAAAAAAAAAAUUAAAAUAAAAUCAAUUAAAGAA